AUGGUGGCCCACAAUAUGGUGCCCAGCAACUCCGGAGCGCGCGGCCGUAACCACCCCGUGGUGACGUCCGAGAAGACCCUCAACGAGACUAAGGAGCACUUCAAAUGCAAGGAAGCAAAAGGCAUGGAACUCCAGGUAGGGGUCAAUGGGAAAGCGACGUCGCACUGGUCGAGGCGCAACGCGAAGGACGAGCUGAUGAGUGCCCAGAUCGACAGCCGCGGCGGAUACUACACGGCGCUGACGCUGGCAGCUUUCGAAGACAUGCCGUUUUACGAAGCAAAUUCCUUGGUGAUGCCGGCCACCUCAUCGUGGUACCAAGGUCCAGUACCCCGUAUUGUCGGGGGAAGCCAAGCGCCAGCAACGUUCGCCACCUGGAGAACAUUGCGGCGCCCGGCUUACGGCAUCACACAGUACCAGGACCCGCCGCGUCUUGCUGGGACACAGUAUUAUCCUUGUCGGUUCUGGGGCGCGUGUUACCGCGCCAUCAGCAGUAUCAUCCGCACCAAGUUACUGCUUAGUGGAAAUGUGGAAGAGAAUCCCGGCCCU